ACUGUGUGUUAAGUGUUUACUCUAAAAAUAAUAUGAAUCUAAUCCAAGCAACCACGAAUAGUAGCUUCUGAGGGCUAAGUUCAAAUCAAGUGUCAAAACAAAACCCCCUGGAUUCAAACCAAAGCUCGUUAAUCAAAGUUCGCAAACGGAGUGAUCGAGUAAUAAAAUCACAUAUGUGUAUCCGUUAUCUAAGAAAAGCAAUGAAGUGAGAAAUUUGAUCAUCAAUGAAGUGCAGAUCGGUGGCGUGCAUAUGGUCCGACAAGCCCUUCCCUCACCGCGUCACCGCCGUCGCCGCUUUACCCGAACCUCCGACUCCGACCUUUUACACCGCCGGAUCCAAUGGCUCCGUCAUCUGGUGGACCCUCUCCACUUCCCCACCGCAACUUAGGGCGGUGGGCGUGUUGUGCGGUCACGCCGCACCGAUCACCGAUCUCGCCGUUUGCAGUCCCGUCGCAGAUGCAGAACACGUUUACGGUCCAAGUGGAAGAAGUAAGUUCAGUGCGUUGAUUAGUGCGUGUUGCGAUGGUUUUUUGUGUGUUUGGAGCAAAAACAGUGGUCAUUGCCGGUGCAGGAGGAAAUUGCCACCUUGGGUUGGCACUCCCCGCAUAAUUCGAACUUUGCCUUCAACGCCGAGAUAUGUCUGUAUAGCGUGUUCUUUUGAAGGAAAUGAAGGAGUAAUUGAUAGAGAAACUCAGCCUAGGAAGCCUCCUAAAUGCACUAUUCUUAUUGUCGACUCGUAUUCGCUUUCCAUUACCCAGACUGUGUUUCAUGGAAGUCUAUCCAUUGGUCCAAUUAGUUUUAUGGCACUAGUUUUAGGUGAUGACGAGAAGAGGAAUUCGGUUUUUGUGGCUGAUUCUGCUGGGAGGCAGCAGACGGUUUUGAUAUCGGAGGAUCGAGGGGAAAGCUUGGUGAGUUCGCUCGGAGAUAAAGGUCAAUCGGAGAGUUCUUUUUGCUAUGAGGGAUUGAGUGGUGUGGAGCAAAUUGUUUCAGUUUUAACGUAUGGGAAUGCUGUUGCUUUUAUAUUGAAAGAUAGGUGUGUGUUUAGGUUGUUGAAUGGUGAUAGUGUGAUUGGAGAGGUUUCUUUUGUGGACAGUCUAUUUGGUUUGGAUCGGGGUUCUACUCAAAUGUAUGCUAUUGGUGGAAUUUUUCUUGAAAGUGAUGAUGUGGGGAAUAUGUGCAAUGCCAACGAAUAUGGAAACUCGAUUACAGUACAAUUUGUUGUGUGGAAUAAUGUAGGUCAUGCAGUUAUAUACAAUGUGUUGUAUCAGAAUGAUGUUUUUAAAUGUGAACCUCAUUCUGAGAUUCCUGGUACUCAUUAUCAACCUGAUAUGAGAUUAUCUGUCUUCUUCCUACAAGUAAAUCAACAUCUUGUUUGUGUCAAGUCAGUUUGCCUUAAUCAUGAGGAGCCUUUACUAUGGAGACCACUUGCCACAAUCUGGUCGACGCAUGAUUGUGAUGAUGAACCUGGUAGAUUGUACCGUCAAUGCAGAAUGAUCAGUGAUGGUGUAUCUUUCAUCAACUGGUUUGAGAAAUCGACUCAGCUCCAGGGACUGGAUGGGCUAGAGACUACGCCUACUUUUGGUGUGAGUCCAAGUUCGGAUGAUGUAGACAACACACAUGUGGAUAGCAUGAGUAAUUAUUAUGCUUACAAGGGGAAGGUAGUUUCUUCUUCCAUGAUUAUCUCUGAGAACCUCUUUACUCCUUAUGCUGUUGUAUAUGGUUUUUUAAGUGGAGAAAUAGAGGUUGUAAGAUUUGAUCUGUUUCACGGGAUUUGCUUGGACGAUGCAAGUUCCAAUCCUGAUGAAAAGUCUACUGCAUGCAAACAGUGCUUCUCAGGACAUACAGGUGCUGUACUUUGUUUGGCAGCACAUCAAAUGAUGGGUAGGGCCAAAAGCUGGAAUUUCAAACAGGUUUUGGUGUCUGGAAGUAUGGAUUGCACGAUUCGUAUAUGGGAUCUUGACACUGGCAGUCUUAUUAUGGUAAUGCAUCAUCAUGUGGCUCCCGUGCGUCAAAUUAUUCUUCCCCCUUCUUUGACUGUGUAUCCUUGGAGUGAUUGCUUCCUUUCAGUUGGAGAGGAUGCAUGUGUUGCUCUUGUUUCUCUUGAGACUCUGCGAGUGGAGAGAAUGUUUCCUGGACACAUGAACUAUCCUUCUAAAGUUUUAUGGGAUGGAGCAAGAGGUUAUAUUUCCUGUCUCUGUCAAACACAUUAUGGAACUUCUGAUGCUACUGAUUUAUUAUACAUUUGGGAUGUAAAGACAGGUUCACGCGAGCGAGUCCUACGUGGGACAGCUGCACAUUCAAUGUUUGAUCAUUUUUGUAAAAGCAUCAGCAUGAAUUCCAUAUCUGGCACAUUGCUGAAUGGAAAUACAUCAGUCUCUUCAUUACUUCUUCCAAUAGUUGAUGAUGCAAAAUUCUCUAACUCCCCAUUAAAUCGGUCAGACAACUUGCUUACUUCAUCAAGGUCGUCACCAAGUAUUUCAAAUAUGACUGAGCUGAAUUCUUCCAAAACAAAUGCAGGUAAAGGAAAUUCAGUGAUGCAGAAUUCAUCCUCUCUGAUUGGUCUUUUGAGUAGCAAGCUUCCUAUCAAAUGCUCUAGCCCAUUCCCAGGGAUUGUGUCUCUGUGUUUUGAUCUUGCAUCAUUGAUGCUUUCUUAUCCAAAGAAUGAGUCCAUGGAAAAUGGUGGUGGCAAGCCAGUGAAUAUCAAUAUGAAGCAGCAGGGAGUUCAGGAGCAAAAUCCCAGCUAUCAUAAUCCAGAAACUGUAGAGGGGCAUGACUUGGUUAGCCUAUUUGAAGAAUACUUACUUCGAUUUAGCUUGUCAUUUCUACAUUUGUGGAGUGUAGACAGAGAGCUUGAUAAUUUGCUGAUAAGUGAAAUGAAGCUGAGGAGACCAGAAAAUUUUAUAGUAGCUUCUGGUCUGCAGGGGGAUAAAGGGUCGUUGACAUUGACGUUUCCUGCUCAGAGUGCUACUCUAGAGCUCUGGAAAUCAUCAUCUGAGUUUUGUGCAAUGAGGUCAUUGACGAUGGUGUCCCUUGCCCAACGUUUGAUUAGCUUGUCUCACUCUGGUUCAGCAGCCAGCAGUGCUUUAGCAGCCUUUUAUACUCGGAAUUUCCUGGAAAAUUUUCCAGAUGUGAAGCCACCUUCAUUACAGCUCUUGGUGGCUUUUUGGCAAGAUGAAAGUGAACAUGUGCGAAUGGCUGCGCGCUCUAUAUUUCAUUGUGCUGCCUCUCAUGCUAUUCCUCUACCUCUAUGCUAUUCAAAACCUACAGAUUCAAACAACAUGGGUUCCCAAACUGGAAGUAGAGACAAACAUCUAGGAAAUAUGGCAGAAGAAAGUAUAUCUCCUAAGGCAGAAAAUCAAGGAAUUUCCCAAGAUGAGGAAUCCAAGAUACUUGCUUGGUUAGAAUCAUUUGAAGUGCAAGAUUGGAUUUCUUGUGUUGGAGGAACAAGUCAGGAUGCAAUGACAUCUCACAUUAUUGUUGCUGGUGCACUGGCUAUCUGGUAUCCUAGUCUUGUAAAACCAAGUCUUGGCAUGCUAGUUGUUCAUCCGUUAAUGAAGUUGGCUAUGGCCAUGAAUGAGAAAUACAGCUCCACUGCUGCUGAGCUCCUUGCAGAGGGCAUGGAAAGUACAUGGAAAGAAUGCAUUGUCUCUGAGAUUCCUCGUCUGAUUGGGGAUAUUUUUUUCCAAGUAGAGUUGAGUGGUCCAUCUUCCAAGUUAGUGAAAGAAAUUUCAGAUGCAUCUUUUUCUAUUAAAAAGACUUUGGUGGAGGUUCUUCUUCCAAGUUUAGCUAUGGCUGAUAUACCAGGCUUUUUGACUGUGAUUGAAAGCCAAAUUUGGUCCACUGCAUCUGAUUCACCUGUUCACAUGGUGUCCUUGUUGACUCUUAUAAGGAUCAUGCGUGGUUCUCCAAAGAAUUCGGCUCAAUACCUUGACAAGGUGGUCAACUUCAUUUUACAGACUAUAGAUCCAAGCAACUCAGUCAUGCGGAAGGCAUGCUUUCAGAGUUCAAUGACAACUUUAAAGGAAGUUGUACGUGUAUAUCCCAUGGUGGCUGUCACUGAUUCAUGGACCAAACUAGCAGUUGGAGAUGUGAUUGGAGAAAUUAACAACGCAAGAAUUAGGGUUUAUGAUAUGCAAAGUGUGACAAUGGUAAAGGUUUUGGAUGCAAGUGGGCCUCCUGGACUUCCAACUCUGCUCCCAGCAGCAACUUCAGGAACAAUGUUGACUACUGCAAUUUCAGCACUGAGCUUUUCACCAGAUGGAGAGGGGCUGGUCGCUUUUUCUGAAAAUGGGCUACUGAUUAGAUGGUGGUCACUGGGAUCUUUCUGGUGGGAGAAACUAAGCCGGAACUUUGUUCCUGUCCAGUGCACCAAACUAAUCUUUGUUCCUCCUUGGGAAGGAUUUUCACCUAAUUCAUCCAGGUCAAGCAUAAUGGCCAAUAUUUUGGAAACUGACAGGCAGAUGAACUUUCAGGAUAAUUCAAGGGAUUCAAAUCACGGGGACAGCCCGAAACACUUGCUUCAUACUUUGGACCUCUCCUAUAGACUAGAAUGGGUCGAGGGGCGGAAAGUACUUCUUACAAGACAUGGUCAUGAAUUGGGCACUUUUCAGUUAUAAGCAUCAACUAGUGCUGAUUCUUUGAAAUUUUUGCUGGGAAUUUUCAUUGAUUCCAUAAUUUUAGUUGAGGCUAUCAUGAAACGACUCUCUAGCAUCUAUUGCAGCCCAAGCUAGCAACAGAAGAUUUUUUAUUAGCUCAUACUAGCAUACUGUUUGAAGAGGUAUUCAUUGGAACUCUUAUAAGUAGAGACAUCACCUUUGUGAGGAUUUAUAGAGAUCAGCUAGAUAGUACCAGGAGGCAAUUGGACGGUCUUAGUGUGAGUUGAGGUGAAUUUGGCUAUCUUUUGGAUGAAAUACGGGGAAAAGGAAGAAGUCAGCCUUAUAAUGCAGGAACCAUUAACUUGUUUGCGGUUAGGGGCCAAAUAAUUACAAAGUUAUUAUUCAAAAUGAGUAACCAUUCUGAUUGACUAUUUGGUCACUAUCUAUGAAUAAGUUAAGUAGUUUUUAAGCCCCCGAAGAAUAAUUGGGAAAAAUUAGUCUUCAUAGAUAAACUCGUGCAGUCCUUUUAUAUAUAUCUCGAGAGAAUACACGUUGAUCUCUCCCCAAUUUUACAGAGCGGAUUCUUUAUCCACCUUAAAUUUUGUACAGGAAUCUGGCAUCUCGUGUAGUUUAUUUGAGUGUUGUCUUUUUUUUCCUUCAUGAUCAUAUUGAGAUGAACAUGCCCACAUAACGUUGAUUGAACAAAUGGAAAGCAAAUAAGAAAAGAAAA